AUGGAGGUCUGGAGCCCCCGUGAGACCCUUGCCCCACACAUCUUCCCUUCCUUCCACAAGCCCUUCGCUAUGGAUGUGCACCAUCAUGAAGGAUGCCACUCGUACCAUUACGAGCCCCACGCAGUCCAUGCUAUACAAAGGCCCGUAGGUUUGCCAGGCAGACCCCUCAUCUCCGACAUCUCCCUGAUACGCCUCUCUCCUACAUCCAUGGCGACUGGUGACUCCCCUUUCACCCCCUCACAUUUAUACGUCAACCCUCAUGUGGAGCACUAUCUGCACGGCGGCCCGACACUGUCAAUGAUCUCAGCAGCUAGAGGCCUCAGUCCCCCUGACUUUUCUCACGACCACUUUAAGGAUGGCAGCCUGUUUGGGCUACCACCACCUCCGCCAACUGGGGUGAGUCUGACCAGGGAGUAUUAUCAAUUGAUGGCGAGCCACCACAGCUCCUAUGGGGAGCUUCUCAAGCAGGGGACGAGCUUAGCGGCCGGGGCCCACUUGCCAGAAUACAUGGCUCCCUUUGAUGUGUCACGGCUGACUCCCAGGCUGAACAGGAAGAGGGCGCUAUCCAUCUCACCACUGUCCGACGCUAGUGUGGACUUCCAGGCGAUGAUCCGUAGCUCGCCCAGCUCACUGGUGGCUUACAUUAACAACUCCAGGUCUGGCUCGGUGGCAAGCAGCUCGUACGGACACCUGUCGGUCGGAGGGCUUAACAGCCCGUCCUUGGCCUUCCCCCCUCCCAUCAGCUCUGUGGCCUACCAGCAUCUGUUGGCUUUGGGCCAUGCGCCACCACUCAUCCCGCCACCAGUCGCAUACCCUGGCUGCCAACCCGUAGUCGGGAUCCCCUCCCUGUGUUCCCCCGCCCGUACCACUGACCUGACAUACCAGAACCCUUGUGGCGAAUCACUCAUUAGCUGCACACUUGAACCUGUCAUCACCAAAAGGUCAAAGGUUAAACCUGAAUCCAAAGCAUCAAAUACGCUGAUGAGCAAAAUGAGCGGACCGCCACAGAACCAUCGAGGUGUCUCAUUGACGCCGAAGGAGGACGCGGACCGUGACGAUGGCAAAGAAGAACCGGAGGCCAUGUAUGAGUCCAACUGCCACUGGGAGGGCUGCAGCACUGAGUAUGAAACGCAAGACCAGUUGGUGCAUCACAUCAAUAAUGAUCACAUCCAUGGGGAGAAGAAAGAAUUUGUGUGCCGCUGGGAUGAAUGUUCUCGGGACCAGAAACCCUUUAAAGCUCAGUACAUGUUGGUGGUUCACAUGCGACGACACACAGGAGAGAAACCACACAAGUGCACGUUUGAGGGCUGCUCCAAGGCCUACUCCCGUCUGGAAAAUCUAAAAACACAUCUGCGAUCUCAUACUGGGGAGAAACCCUACGUGUGUGAGCAUGAGGGAUGCAACAAGGCCUUUUCCAACGCCUCGGACCGAGCCAAACACCAAAACCGCACACACUCCAAUGAGAAACCGUACGUGUGCAAGAUCCCGGGCUGCACCAAGCGUUACACCGACCCUAGCUCGCUGAGGAAGCAUGUGAAAACGGUCCACGGCCCAGAGGCUCACGUCACCAAAAGGCAGCGUGGCGACAUGCCGCCCAAGCUGCCUUCUCGUGACAACGGCGAGAACCAGACCCUGAACAGAGAGGAGAUUGAUAAGAAGAUGACAGACGGCAACUCCCCAACAAGUGUUGGGGACUACAAGCAUGUUAAACCGAUCAAGACGGAAAACUCUGUGAUGCAGCAGCCCAGACCUGGUGGUCAGUCAUUGUGUAACAGCGAACCGACACCACUUGGUGGGGCCACCGACGAUGACAGUGGAGUAGAAAUGGUGGCGCCGAGCAGAGGAAGCCUGGGGGACUUCGGUACGCUUUGGAGUCUUUGGGUAAUGAUGAUUCCAAUGGCGGAUAAGCGGCAAGUUUCCGAAUCCAGAAGAAGCUCAGCUCUCAUCCACAUCUGGAGUGUCUGAAGAAAAUCAAGAACGUGAGGGACUCCUAUCAACGCACCACCUCCAGCUGCCACCAGUACUAGCAACCAUUUGCAGUGUUCCUGCGUCAGAUUGUGGGCGGUGGUCCCGGGCCGUCUCUUAAGAGUGCCGUCACGCUGAGCUCACUGAACACUCUCAGCCUCCACUCCUCGGGCAACUUUUCUCCACGCUGCACCAGUCCAAACUUCACAAACUCCAACAAAUCCAUCUCAUCGGAUAGCUCGUUGUACUCCGGGCAGAACAAUCUUUGUAGCUUAACCCUGGCCCACGCAACCACUGGAGGUUUGCUACCUACACCCCUAUGAUUAUUUCUAGAAAAUUAUUCAUUUAGUGAUUCUGAGGAAUCCUGCUCAAGUGGUUGUGGAUUCUCUUGACCUUGCUACAAAUGCACACAUAUUUUCAGUGGGGAGAACACUCUUCCGGUGACAACAUUUAACCAAACAUGGUCAGGUGGUAGUCUCCAACUCUUGAAUGAGCAGGCUAAACUUGCUUGAAGAUGCAAUCACCUCACUGAAUAUUUGGUAGAAACCAUACCAGGCAGUGGAAGUUGCUACACCAUCAAGUGACUGAGAUCCAGAAAUUGUCCAAUACUGGACAAUUGGCUUUCUCCAGGAAUGAAUGUAAUACUGUUUCUCAGUUAAGAUAAAGAGUGGGGGAGUGAGGAUCAGAUGGACUUGUUUGACCAAGUUUUAUUCAAAGACAACUUCACUUUUUGGAAGUCCUUUAAUAGAAAAAAAUCCUGAAGAUGGCACAUGAACCUUGUGUUGACAGCAUCAUCAGUGGUGUGAAGAAGCCAAUUUGACUGUUGCCACCUUUGUAAUCUGCUGUUUUCUUGUACAAUUGAUUCCUUUUGACAAGCCAUAUUUAAAAAGUACGGUGUAAUCAAAAACAUUUUCAGCAGUCAUGCAAGUGCCUGGCUUUCAUGUUAAUAUAAUGGAGCAACAAAAAUCCCAAACCAUUUGUGAGCUUUCUUGUUUAUUUUCUGUG